GAGAGACUGUCGCCGCGGGCCGGAGUGUUCGUGUUUGUCUGCAUUUCGUAACAAAAAUGACUCUGGUCCAACUGUCAAGUGCUAAAUGCUUUGAAGGAUAUCAGAAGGUAUACGAACAUGACAGGUUGUUAUCAGCCAAAAUUGCUUGUAUGGGGAUGGAAAGUACCCGCUCCUCAAUGUUUUUCCAUUGAGCGUCAUAUGAUGGGUUGCACCAACAUAUCACAGCUCUCAACUGUGCUGCAAAAUAAUAAUCUCUAAGAGAAGCUCGGAAUUGAAAUGCAAGAUGCGGUUGGGAAUCUACCUGCCUCCAAAAUCAGAGAGUGCAAAAUGCCCAGUGUUGUAUUGGCUUUCAGGAUUAACCUGCACAGAACAGAAUUUCAUAACCAAAGCAUCCAGUCAGCAAACAGCCGCUGAACUGGGGCUCAUUAUCGUGGUACCAGACACCAGUCCUCGUGGCUGCAAUAUUCCUGGUGAGGAUGAUAGCUGGGACUUUGGUACAGGGGCUGGAUUUUAUGUAGAUUCCUCAGAGGAACCUUGGAAGGCCAACUACAGGAUGUACUCAUAUGUCACAGAGGAGUUGCCUUCACUCAUUGAAUCGAAUUUCCCUGUGAUCCCUGAUAAGAAGUCUAUCUUUGGCCACUCAAUGGGGGGUCAUGGAGCUCUAGUGUGUGCCUUGAAAAACCCUGGAAAGUACAAGUCUGUGUCAGCACUGUCUCCGAUCUGCAAUCCUGUGCAAUGCCCUUGGGGCCAGAAAGCAUUUAUUGGAUACCUAGGAUCUGAUAAAAGCAAAUGGGAGAUGUAUGAUGCCACCUGCUUGGUAAAAUCCUACUCGGGACCUCUCCUGGACAUUCUCAUUGACCAAGGAAAGGACGAUCAAUUCUUGGCUGCAGGGCAGUUGCUCCCUGAUAAUUUCAUCAAGGUGUGCACUGAAAAGAAGAUCCCUGUUGUUUUUCGGCUUCAGGAGGGAUAUGAUCACAGUUACUACUUCAUCGCAUCAUUUAUCAGAGACCACAUCAAGCACCAUGCGAAGUAUCUCAAUGCUUAGACACCAAAAUGAAUGGACAUCUAAGUUCUACCUUUCCAUCACAGAAGACGAUAGUUCAGUUGAUUCAGUUUGAUAACAUUUGCACUUCCUCCAUGUAGUGGCUGGCUGUAUUAUGCCACUUGCCACUCCCCCUAGUGGGAAAUCACUGUCAUUGAUUUGCUUUUGAAAUUGAUCAGUGUCAUUGUCAUGUGUAAAGGAACAGACACUCUCUGGAGUAAAGUCAAUUGAAACA